AUGCCGGAAGAGGGAGGUGGCCGACACGGCGUGGAGUGGGUUAUUCUGGUGCGUCGACUCAACCACCGGAUGCAACUGGAACGGGUCCCCGAUGAUCAAGUACCAACAAGGAUCAUAGUUGGCGAAGACCGGGCACAGGUCCGCCUCGGACGCGCGCGCCGCCUCGUCGAUGACGAUGAGUUCCGGGCGGAAGAUGCCGGUGACGAAGAGCUGGCAUUGGAGCAGAAUCUUCUUGAUCCGGGGCUUGAUUGUAUUUUCAGGGGGUUCUUCGAGAUGGGUGCACCAGCAAACUAUAUUCAGUGGACCAAGAAGACAGGACAGUCAUCCAUGCUUCUCCGGCGAGACUUUUUGACGGCGAACUCUAAGCGCGAUGCCACAAUGCAGACCUGGUUCGGCGAUAACAGGAAUAUACAACGAGAGUGA